GCUGCAGACAGGUGAGAUGUGGCUGCUGCUGGUGGCCCUGGGCCUGGCCCAGGGGCUGGAAGAUGCCAUCCCAGGUGCUGAAGUGUUCUACAACCCUGAGACAUUCAUGAACAUUAGCCAGAAGAUCCUUCUCCACGGGUAUCCCAGCGAGGAGCACGACGUGAUGACAGAGGAUGGCUACUUCCUGAGCCUCAACCGGAUUCCCCACGGCAAGGAGGGAGCUGGGCUCUCAGGACCCAGGACCCCCGUGCUGAUAGUGCAUGGGUUUUGUCUGGAUGGUGGUGACUGGGUGGACAAUUUCCCUGACAGCAGCCUGGCCUUCAUCCUGGCGGAUGCGGGAUACGACGUCUGGAUCGGGAACAACCGGGGCAACAGCUGGUCCCGCCGGCACCGCAGCCUGUCCAUCAGCUCCCAGGAGUUCUGGGAUUUCAGCUUCCACGAGAUGGCCGUGUACGACCUCCCGGCCAUGGUGGGCUUCAUCCUGAUGCAAACUGAGCAGGAGAAGCUGUUCUACGUUGGCCACGCUCAGGGCAGCACCCUGGGUUUCAUAGCGUUUUCCAGCUUGCCACAUCUGGCUGAGAAAAUCAAACUGUUCUUUGCUCUGGCUCCUGCGUACACCUUCCACCAUGCCCGGGGCCCUGUGUUAAAGCUGGCCUUUCUACCAGACCUGCUGAUCAAGGAGCUGUUUGGAACCAGAGAGCUAGUUCUGGUGCCCAGGAAUGAGAAGGGGUUGCUGAUUGAGACGUGCAGCAAGCUGCUGACAGCUGAAGUGUGUGCCAACAGUAUCUUCUUCGUUGGAGGGUUCGACAGGGACAACUUGAACACGAGCCGACUGGAUGUGUACAUAUCUCAUUUUCCAGACUAUACAUCAGUAAAAAACCUUCUGCACUGGGGACAGACUGCAAAAACCGGGAAGUUCAGGCAGUUUGACUACGGGCUGAAAAACGUGGAGAAGUACAAGCAGCUGACACCGCCCUCGUACCGGAUCGAGGCCAUGAGGGUGCCGGUGGCCGUGUGGAGCGGGGGCCACGACUGGGUCACCCCCCCUGUGGAGACCUGGCGUUUGCUGCGCCGCCUCACCAACAUCGUGCACCACGAGCACUUCCCCGACUGGAACCACUUCGACCACCACUGGGGCCUGAACGCCCCGCAGCGCAUGUACGGGAGGAUGGUGGCCCUGAUGGAGGAGAAUCCAUGAAUCCAUCUAUGCAUCCAUCUAUGAAUCCAUGCAUGAAUCCAUCCAUGAACCCAUGUAAGAAUCCAUCCACGAACCCAUCUGUGAAUCUAUCCAUGAACCCAUCUAUGAACCCAUCCAUGAAUCUAUCCAUGAACCCAUCCAUGAACCCAUCCAUGAACCCAUCUACGAAUCCAUCCAUGAACCCAUAUGUGAAUCUAUCCAUGAACCCAUCUAUGCAUCCAUCCAUAAAUCCAUCCAUGAACCCAUCCAUGAAUGCAUCCAUGAACCCAUCCAUGAACCCAUCUAAGAAUCCAUCCACGAACCCAUCUGUGAAUCUAUCCAUGAACCAUUUAUGAAUCCAUCCAGGAAUCUAUCUAUGAAUCCAUUCUGGAAUCCAUCUAUGAAUCCAUCCAUGAAUCCAUCCGUGAAUCUAUCCAUAAACCCAUCUAUGAAUCUAUCCAUGAACCUAUCCAUGAACCCAUUCAUGAAUCCAUCCAUGAAUCCAUCCAUGAAUCCAUCUGUGAACCCAUCCAUGAACCCAUCUGUGAACCCAUCCAUGAACCCAUCCAUGAACCCAUCCAUGAAUCCAUUCAUGAAUCCAUGAAUCCAUCAAUGAAUCCAUCCAUGAAUUCAUCCAUUAAUCCAUCUAUGAAUCUGUCCAUGAAUCCAUCCAUGAAUCUAUCCAUAAACCCAUCUAUGAAUCCAUCCAUUAACCCAUCCAUGAACCCAUCCAUGAAUCCAUCUAUGAGUCCAUCCAUGAAUCCAUCUAUGAAUCCAUCCAUGAGUCCAUCCAUGAAUCCAUCUAUGAAUCCAUCCAUGAAUCCAUCCAUGCAUCAAUCCAUGAAUCCAUCUAUGAAUCUGUCCAUGAAUCCAUCCAUGAAUCUAUCCAUAAACCCAUCUAUGAAUCCAUCCAUGAGCCCAUCCAUGAAUCCAUCCAUGCAUUCAUCCAUGCCUCAAUCUAUGAAUCCAUCCAUGAACCCAUCUAUGAAUCCAUCCAUGAACCCAUCCAUGAAUCCAUCCAUGAAUCCACCCAUGGAUGCCCCAGGAUGGAGGAGCUGCCCGUUCCCAUGUGCCUUGGGGCAUGGUGUUUGUGUAAGGGAUGCCCUGCUUAAAAAUGUCUCCUGUCCUCCUGUUCCACGCUGAUUUAGUGCUUUUAAAUGCAAUGCUGUGAUUUCUGCCCACCCUCUGUGUCUGUAGAGAUUGCAAUAAAGUCUUGCAUCACAGCCAAACUCCAGCCCUUGGCUUGCUGGGUUUGCAG